AUGGAUUCGCUCACACUGAGUCGCGCUCAGUCACUGGAGCCAGACAUUCGGUUAGAAGAUUACCUCGAUGAUAAGCUACAAUCCACAACCGACCUGGACAACCUCGACAGUUUUCUAGCGAAUAUCGAAGUUCAGCGGAGCCAGCUGCAAGCUCAACUUGACGAUGCUACACAAGAGCUCGAGGAGGUGCGCCGCUCUGCCGAGGACCGCCAGGGCGGCUUAAUCAGGCAAAUCGACGAGUUCCAGGAGCUGCAGCACAGCAUCGACACUCGUCUACAAAUCAUCGCCGCCUCCGACGCCCCAGACGAUGCGAUUCGCCGGCUCGAGGGACCUAUGAAGCAAUUGCAAAGGGUCGAGCUGGCGUACCAGUACGUGUCUUUGCUACAAGAUGUGGAAAACAUGAGAUUGGAGGCCAGGUCGCAUCUGCCCGACAGCCCAAAGGCAGCUUUGCAGCCCUAUUCUCGGUUGAAGCAGCUGAGCGUCCGCCUGCGUGAACUGCAGGGCCCUGCGGAUGAGGCUGCCGGACACCUGGUUAACCAUGUGGAGCGAAUCACGGAAAAUCUCUGGGAUGAGAUGAAGAAGACCAUGUCUCAAGAGAUGGAAACUCUUCUGAAGAAGCGCAACUGGCCGCACGACGUGGAUGUCACAGCAGAGAUGGACGAGGAGUGGCUACAAUGCUUCGAGAAGUUGAUCGACCUUCAGAUGCCCGAGAUCAUUUAUUCAGAUCAGGCUGUGAGCCUUUUGCCCAUUGACGUCAUGGUGAAGCCCUUUGUGCAGUGGUUUCGAUUUCAGUUCAUGGGUGAUAAUCCAACAAGCACACCACAGGCUUUUGCCACCUUCUGCGUGCCGGGCUUCAUUCAACUGAUUGAGAAAUGGGAAGACUUCUUCCGCGAGAACCUCGGUCAUUCCUUGAAGCCUCGCUUCGAAGGCACAACGGCUGCAGACCAAUCCAUUUAUGUCGACCCCGCUUGCGCACUUGUGACGUCUCUACUUCCUGUUAUGAGACAAAAGGUUGAAGCUCUUGUUCAACACGGGCUCAAAAACCCGCAAUAUCUUAGCAGUCUCAUGGACCAGCUCAUGACUUUUGACGAGACUCUCCGGACAAGAUUUGACUAUGACGGAGGUGACUCUCAGAAUGGGUGGUCUGGCCUUGCCUCUGAGAUUCUGGACAAGCACUUCAGAGACUGGCUUCAGGCUGAGAAAGACUUUGCAUUGGAGCGCUUCCGCACUAUCAUCAAUUCGGCAGAUGCGCGAAACAUCGAUUAUGACUACAGCGGGCCUGGCAAGAUGAAGCCCACAUAUGGUGCUGUUCGCGUUACGGAUUUGCUCAAGUCCGUGACUGCUUCGUAUCAGCGAGUUAGGAGAUUACCGCACAAGACACGUUUCCUAAUCGAUAUACAACAGGAGAUUUUGGACCAAUACCAUGCUCGACUUGUGGACUCCCUAGAAGCAUAUGCCACACUAACGUCAAGCGUUGCGAGGACGCUCCAAGGUGUUUCCAAGGAGCAACUUGCCGCCCUCGAAGGCACAGGCGGUAUGGAGACACUUUGCAAGGUUUUGGGCAGCGCAGACCACAUUAUCAAUACAUUGAAGGCCUGGGGAAAUGAGCAUUUCUUCAUGCUAUUAUGGGAAGAACUCAAGACCCGCGUGAGACAAGUAGAUGACCAGACCAACGUUGUUGGUGGGAUGAGCUACGACCAAGUCAAAGACAGGACGUCAUCCGAGAUCGACUCGAUCGCCAACGGGUCCAUCUUUGACGAGACCGUCAAGUUCUAUAGCAAACGCAGAGAGCGUGCUCAGGCUUUCCUCGUUGAUGCUCUUGCAGAGUCGCAUCAGAGCGCCUUCAGGCCAUACCUGUCAAAAGCUCAAUGGUCCAUCGUUAACGUCGACUCGGACCCGAGUCAGUACAGCAUUACCGCCGAGCUUGAUGAACCAUUAAGGAUCCUAAAGCGAAACCUCACUUUCCUGGAACCAGCACUGAGCACUACUGUGUACCGCAAAGUAUGGCGCGAUGCACUAGAACGCCUACAGGAGAUGUUGUGGUCGGGUAUUCUCCUCCGCCACAGCUUCACCACUAUCGGCGCGAACCAGUUUGUACGGGACCUGCAGGCCAUCUGCUCCCUGAUAGACAGACAUAUACCAGAUGGGUCUAUAGCUUUGACGCAACUUCAAGAAGGCGCACUGCUACUAAGCCUUCCGUUGGACCGUGAUGGCGGUCUCACCUUGAAGCUGGCGAGUGACCGCAUCUUCACUGAUAACUCGGAAGCAAGGAAGGUGCUUGAAGAAUUGGACAUUGAGACCCUGGAGCCCGCGAAUGCUCGACGCAUCUUGCAGUGCAGGGUUGAGAACAGUGUAUAG